AAGAUCUAUAUAGAUAUAUCAUAGAGAGAGAGAGAGAGAGUGCUUUCAAAAAGAAAGAAAGAGGGAGAGAGAGAGAGAGAUGGACACAAUUGUAGAUGGGCUGAUAAACAAGGUAGCACAAACUGUGGAAAAAAACGCGUUGCUGAUUCUUGGGAUCAAGGAUCAGGUGGAUGAUCUGGUGAGAGAACUGAGGUCGUUACAGGCAUAUCUGGGUGAAGCAGGCAAGAAAGAAAACUGGAGAGACAACGCCGUGCUGGUAGAAGUGGAGCAGAGUAUUCGCAAUGUUGCAAGGGAUGCUGAAGACGCCAUUGAUAAAUAUAUCGUUGAGCGAAGGAUCCACAAGGCCAAACCCACCCUCAAGAGAUGGGCGGAAAAAGCUGCUUAUUAUACCAAGGUUAAUCUAUCUGCCAGGGAGAUCGAAAGCAUUAAGGAUAGGGCCAAGAAAAUCCGUCAAGAUUACGCCCACCCCCUCCAGUUACUCCAAGCCGGUUCGCUAAAUAAUCAUCAGCCCGCAGUCCUCCAGGCUCCCGUGGUGGAAGAAGAUGAUGUGGUAGGUUUUGACGGUGAGGCUAAAACUAUAAAGGAACUUCUCACUAAAGGAUCAAAAGAUACGACUUUCAUUUCAAUUGUCGGAAUGGCUGGGUUGGGCAAAACCACAUUGACUAAAAUGGUAUUCAAUGAUAGUGAUAUUCAAUAUGAGUUUUUUACUCGGCUUUGGGUUUACGUAUCUAGAAGCAUGAAUAGGAGACAGAUAUUCAUGGACAUUAUAAGUAGGUUUACCAAGCAAACUGAUGAUUUCAAGAAUGUAUCGGAGGAACUUUUAGCUGAGAGUAUCAAAGAAUAUUUGAAGGGCGGGAAGUAUUUCAUUGUGAUGGAUGACGUUUGGCACAAGAAAGAUUGGGACCUUUUGAAAAUUGCUUUUCCUAAUAACCAUAAUGGGAGUAGAGUAUUGGUAACAACACGCAAUAAUGUGGUGGCUACAUAUGCAGAUACUUAUGCCAAGCCACAUAACUUAAAAUUUUUGGAGGAUGAGGAAUGUUUGGAAUUAUUAAAAAAGAAAGUUUUCCGCAAGGAAGCUUUCCCUGGGUAUCUUGAAGCCCCGGGGAGAAGCAUUGCAAAGAAAUGCAAUGGGUUACCGCUAGCAGUAGUGGUUAUUGCUGGUGUCCUCAAUAAAGACCAAGUCUCAUCGUGGAAUGAAGUGGCCGAAAAUCCUAUGCCAAUACUCAAUCGCCAAACCCAAGACUACAAUGAUAUACUAAGAUUGAGUUACAAUCAGUUGCCUAGCGACACAAAAGAUUGUUUCUUGUAUCUUGCAGCAUUCCCAAUCGGGCAUGAGAUUUUUGUUUGGAAGCUGAUUCGGUUGUGGAUUGCAGAAGGAUUUAUCCCUCCAUCCAAUUCCACCAUGGAGCGAACAGCUGACUCAUACUUGAAGGAAUUUGUGAGCAGGAAUCUGUUGAUGGUGGUGAAAAGAAGAGCUGAUGGUGAUAUCAAAACAUGCCGCCUUCAUGACACAUUGCACGAGUUUUGUAAGGAUGAAGCUGUAAAGAAUUAUCUCUUCCAUGAGAUAAAUGGGGCAAGAAUAGAAGCAAAUGAUAAUUAUCGUCGCUUGUGCAUCCGCUCCUCCCUUAAUGAUUUUAUAGUUUCUGAGGACAAGCCAUCAGGUGAGCAUAUCCGCUCUCUUCUAGCAUCUGACAAACUAGAUGUUAAAAGAGAGCACUUGGCAACUAUCCCAAAGGCCUACCCCUUUCUCAAAGUCUUUGAUGUGGAAAAUGUCAAAUUCGAAAUUUUGCCAAAAGAGUUCUAUCAGCUAUACCAUCUGCGCUACUUGGCUGUCUCAACCGACCUCAAAAUCCUUCCAAAGCCAUUCACAGAACAAUGGAACAUGGAGACUCUUGUGUUCAAUACCUCCCAAAGUAUUAUUGAUGUUAAGGCUGAGAUAUGGAAAUUGGCAAAACUAAGGCAUAUCAUAGCCAAUGCUCAGCUGCAAUUUCCUACUCCCCAAAAUUGCAAAGAGAAGUGUGGAGACUUGCAAACUCUUUCCCCCAUAUCACCUAAGAGCUGCACAGAAGCCAUCCUAGAGAAGAUGCCCAACCUUUUGAAAUUGGGAGUUCGUGGGAAUUUAGUAGAGCUUCUUGACAGCAAAGGAGGAGUUUGCUUAUUCGACAAUGUUGGAAAGUUGCUUAACCUGCAAAAUCUGAAACUUGUGCAUGAAUCUUCCAAUGACCAGAGUAGCACAAUAAGGAGCUUUCCUCGGGAUGAAAAAUUUCCAUCAAAACUUAGGAAGCUCAGUCUAUCCAACACCUCCAUAGAUUGGAAACACAUUUGUGUAUUGGGAUCCCUCAACGAGCUGGAGGUCCUCAAGCUGAAAGAAUCAGCAGUGAAGGGGGAGUAUUGGGAACUAAAUAACACUGUUUUUAAGAGUCUCCGAUUCUUAAGCAUUGGGAGAACGGACUUGGUGAAAUGGACUUGUGAGAAGAGUAGUUUUCCUGCACUCAACAAGCUUUACCUCUCACAUUGCACAUCCCUUGAGGCAGUCCCACUCGCCUUCAAGGAUGUUAAAAGCCUUAAAGUUAUGGAGUUGUUCUGUACCAACAAAAAAGCUGCUGCUUCUGCAAGAACAAUCCGAGAACAAAAGCAAGGAGAUGGGUUUGAUCUCUCCAUUUAUCCUCCUGCAGAUAACUGAAUUCAACAACUUUAAUGAUGCAUUUGCGUAUUUCUUCCAAUGAAAAGAGGUAACAAAUAACAUUUUCAGAUGUAUGUUUGCUUCGAUCCAAGGCUUCUUGUCAUGGUUGUUGUGGCGCUUUCUUUGUUCGUGUUUUCCUUUAAUUUCUUACUAAAAUAAAGUCUGGCAUGUAUCUAUAUAUAUAUAUGAUCAUACGAUUUCAUAUGUAGAUCUGGGAUUCAGUUGGCUGGUGUGCUUAGUUCUGAGUUUUUGUGUGAAAUGUUUUUCAUCAUUAAACAUUUGUAUAACUAUUUGAACUAUUCUA